AUGGUGAAUCCUGAGGACAAAGAUGGAAGCUGGGCAGUGGAGGAGAGGAAAGGCACGAAGUUCAAGAUCAAAAGGAAGGAUGGAGAGUUGGAAACUGUUGUUGUCACUGAGAAAUCCUUUGAUGUCCUGAUGAAUGUUGAAACAACAAGAAUGUUGCCUCAGAAAGGUAAGAACAUUGUUCAUGAUAGUGAAUCACAAAUCACCUGGAGGAACCCGAGGGAAAGAAAUAAUGUCUUUAAAACUUUCUCUUCGAGACUUGGAAGCCCUCUUACUGGAUGCCAACCGAACGUGUCACAGAGAUCACAGGAGGUGUUAUUGUUGCAAGAACAGAUCGAUAACGUGAAUGCAGAAAAUUUACGCAGUAGUUCAUUUGAAAGUGAACUUCUGAAGCUGCGUGAUGAGCACAAACAACUGAAAAAAGCUACGGUAAGCAACAGUCAGGUUUACACAUGUUUUGCAGGAAGCCUGAAUGAAAUAGCAAAAUACAAAGGAAGUAGCGAAGAGACUGUAAUGAAGAGUGGCCAGCGUGUUUCUGUACUGGAGGAAGAGAGAGAGAGACGGUAUGCUUUCUCUCAGCAAGCAGAGGAGACAGAACAAAAAAUUAGUGCGCUUACAACAACAGUUAGAGGGAAGCUCAUGCAUACAGGAGACAAUGAGGCAGAAACUACCAUGCAGAUAACUGAAGUGCCUGUGAGACCAAUGUUUACACAUGUUUUGCAGGAAGCCUGGAAUGAAAUAGCAAAAUACAAAGGAAGUAGCGAAGAGACUGUAAUGAAGAGUGGCCAGCGUGUUUCUGUACUGGAGGAAGAGAGAGAGAGACGGUAUGCUUUCUCUCAGCAAGCAGAGGAGACAGAACAAAAAAUGAGUCGCUUACAACAACAGUUAGAGGAAGCUCAUUGCAUGCAGGAGACCACUGAGCAGAAACUCCAGCAGGUACAGUAUCUUCAGGACAAGCUAGAGGAGGCUGUGGGAGGAAGAGGAUUAACAGCGCUGCACCUUCCACACACAAACGUAGCCAAGGGAGACACCACAGUAUCAUCAUUGGAGAUUUCCCGCAAACUUUCAGAAACCUUACAAGCCUUGGAGGAGUCGAUGGUAGUACCCUGUUCACAAAGUGGAGAAUUAGUUAGCUGUUUAGAUGAACCCAUCUUAUCAUCACUAGAAGUAAAUGCCAUCAAGCAACAGUUAAUAGGGCUUCAGAAUUUGUUUAUGGCACAAGAGAACUCUUACUUGCAUCAUCAGCAGGAGCUUUAUGAUUUGUGUGAGAAGACAUCCUAUGAGUAUUUAUAUUAUCCCGAGGGGAAUAUUAAGCAAGACAUUGCCUUUGUAGAAGAAAAGGAUGGUGGGGGAGAAAACAGUUGUAAACUAAAGGAGCAGAGAGUUGUUGAUACAACUGAAGAUGAAGCUUUAUAUCAAAGAGAGGAAAUGGCAAAAAUGCAACAAAAAUUAAGAGAGAGUGAUAAUGUGAUUGCAUCUCUUCAGAGUGAAAGGAAAAAAUGUAUUAAUACUUUAGAUGAUUUGCAGGAUAAACUUCCAAGAAAAACCAAAGAACUUGAUGAAGCAAGAGAAACUGUUGCAUCUUCCAAAUCUAAUGUUGAUCCACUUAAGCAUUUAAUUAAAGAAUUUGAUAAUGCUCAAAUUACCAUUGCUUCUCUUAAAGAACAACAGAAUAAUGAAAUUAAGAUUGCUGUAAUGGAAGAUAAAAGUAUUCAGACAGCUGGUGAACUCUCAGAUACAAGAAAAGUGAACACACACAUGGAGAUACAAGCUGAUGUUAAUUUUUUGGCAUUUAAACAUAGCGAACAGUUAAAGACAGAUUGUAAGCAGGAACAGCUCUUAUCUGAAAGUAUGCAAGAAAAGGAAAAGGAACUUGAAAAGGCUAAAUGUCAACUUAAAAUACUUCAGCAGGAAAAGGAGCAGCAGCUUCAUGAUUUUGAAAAGCGGGUAGCCAAUGUGAUUGCAGACAAAGAUAAUGAAUUAGAAAUUAUGAUAACAAAUUUCAUGGAUAAGGAAGAAGCCUUUGAAAAUAGAGAGAGAGAGCUACAAAAAAUACUCGUUGAGACAGAAAAUGUUAAAAUGAUGUUGCAUAGUAAGGACUUGGAAAUUCAGAAUAUGAGCAAGGUAUGUGAAGAUCUACAAAAUAGGGUAAAGGAUUUAGAAUUGGAUCUAAUCAUAAAAGGUGAAGAGCAUUUAUCUGUGAAGGAAAAUUAUUCCAAACUUGAAAAGGAUUAUGAAAUGCUGAAAAUAUUUUGGGACAACAAAAUUUUAGAAUUGAAAAAUGGUAAAGCCAGGCAUGAGGAACAGCUAAAAAGCAAAACACACGAUAUGGAAACUUUAUCUACAUCUUGCAAAGAAAAACAGAAAUUACUGUCAGAUGCAAGAGAGAAGGAACAUUUAAGAGACACUACUCAUGAGAAUGAAUUACAUAAAUCAGCUGACCAUGUUUUAAGAAGAAUAGACACAAAUGCCCUAGCUGAAGUUUCAAAACAGGCCAUUAUCGAUAAAAAACUGGAUGAAUUAGAGCACCUGAAAGAUGAAAAUGCCCUUAAAACCAAAGAAUGUGAUCAUAUGAGAAACACAAUUGAUAACCUAAAGAUCAUGGUAUCAAAAAAAGAUGAUUCAAUAAAACUUAUGUCUUCAAGCCAUGAUAAAGAGUUAUCUUCUUAUUCUGAAACUCUAAAUAAGAAGAAUGAAGUAAUAUAUGAUCUUGAGAAUAUGGUAAGAAUGAAAGGUGAGGAGGCUAUUAGCCUGAGAUCAGCACUUGAAGCCAAGGAUCAUAAGUUGAAACGGCUUGAGUGUGAUUUAAAAGCAGUACAACAAAUUCUGGACAGUAAUGAGAGAAACUAUCAGGAAUUCAUAUCUGGUAACGAAAUUCAGAUAUCAAGCAAAAUUCAGGAACUUAAUGAUGUGAUAAAACUUUUAAACAAAAUGGAUAGUAUGGUAAUUCAUUACAAUAAAGAGAAAGCUUUCCAGGUUGAGAUGUUUGAUGAACUUCAACAAAAGUGCAAAUUGUUAGAAACUGAAUUGUCAGAAACAGAAUUAAGAUACGUGGAGGUUGUCCAAAGUUACAAAAGUUCUGUUAAUCAAGUUAAUAUGAAUAAAAUACUUGAAGAAAAGAAAGAACUUCAAAGUAGCAUCGUAUCUCUAAAAGAAGAGUUAUCAAAUACAAACAAAGAAUUAGCCAAGAAGGAGAGACUGUGUAUGGAAUUAAAUGCAGAGAUGGAUGACAUAGUGGAUCAUUAUAAGAUGAAAGCCAAUAAAAAUGUGUUUGAUACAUUGGCUACUCAAAAGUCUGAAAAUGUAGAAUUAAGACAACAAAUUCAAAGAUACAAAGAAAAUGUAGAUAAUUUAGUGCAGAGCAAAGCAGUCUUGCAAGAAAAACUGAAAAUAAGCACUGAUACUGUUGGUUCUUUAAUUGAGAGAUUAGGUGAAAAAGAUAAACUCAGCCCUGUUUAUCAAGAAAAAGAUGCACUAGAAAACAAAUUAGCAGAGAAUAAGAGUGAAAUGGAGGCUGUUAUCCAGUCUGCAAGCAAUGAAAAUGUAGCCUUUAAGAAAACUGACAUACUUACGCAAAAGGUAAAAAUGUUGGAAGAUGAACUAGAAACAGCCAGAAUAAGCUUCAAGGAUCUUUCAGAGAAACAUGAUGAUAUGAAAAAGGAAUACACUGCAUUACAUAAUGAGUGUAAGGAACUUAGAGCAUGCAUGGCAAAGAAAGAAAUAUUGCUUGAACAGAACAAGGAUAAUGAAAAACUCAGGGAAGCCAAUACAUUGAUGAGCUGUUCGUCUUCUGAUACUUCUGGUUUGAAUCUUAGUAAAAGAAGUAAAAAAUCAAAGACAUUUGAUCUUGAAAUGGAGAGGGAUAAUCUUAGAGAAUUAUAUAUACAGCUUGCUAAUAAAAAUGAAAUAUUAGAAUCUACUAUUGAUUCACUUAGAAGGUCUCAGGGUGCAGUGUCAACUGUUGAGGAGUUCCAGCGUGAGCUAACAUGGAUGAGGGAAAAGAUGGAAGCUUCAGAGAAACAACGCGACUUACUCAGUUCAAAUUACAAUAUUCUAGAAAAGGACUUUGAAGCACUAAGGAAGGAAGUUGAAUGUCUCCGAGAAAACAAGAAGCAGCUCGACGCAAUUACCAAAGUUGAAGAAACCGAGCAAUAUCAAAGGUAAGCAUAUAUGCAAAAUGUA